GCAGACGAUUUUUUUCUGCUUUGUAAAAGUUAUUGUGUUUUAGUUUUAGGUUAAAUGAAACAUUGAUGAAGUGGUGUCCAUUAACAGAAAAUUAAUGCACUUUUAAGGACCUACAUAUAUUCGUAAAAUAUUGCAACAAUGCUUGUUAAUAAUACUGUAUUGAAGGUUGUUAGUUCCACAAACUUAGGUAAAAUAUGUGCUCCAGGCAUGUUCAGUAUGAUCCAAGUUGCAGGGCUGAAGAAUUUUAAAGCCCCCAAAGACUAUUCAGAUGUCAUAAUACCAGAGAAACCGAAAUUGUCCGUCAUGCCUCGGGUGCCAACAUUACCACCACAAACCAAGCCUUUUAAAAUGCAGAAAAGUUUGAGAUUCAUGAUGGGACCUGAGGAAAUUCACAAUAAACUGAUUCACAAACAGUACGGGAUCAUCGCUCUUAUGGGAGGUCGACUAAGGCACGGCCAUUUUGAAAUGAUGCGUAAUACACUGAAUCGUAAAAUUGAUCCGAAGAGGAUGUUUCUAGUUUAUAGAGUUGAUGCGCCUUGGCAACCACUGACGAAAAAGGGCCAAGGCAAGAGGAUGGGAGGGGGCAAAGGUCCCAUUGACCACUAUGUGACCCCUAUCAAGCCCAACAGAGUGAUUGUGGAGUUAGCCGGCCAUUGUGAGUUCGAUGAGGUAAAGGGGUUCCUACAUCAGGUAGCUCACAUUCUACCGUUCAAGGCGAUGGCUGUCAGUCACGAGAUGCUGGAGGAGAAGGAAGCGAGGGAGAAACUUGACGAGGAUCGUAACCUCAAUGAAUACACCAUGAAGUAUCUCAUCCAGAACAAUAUGGGAUUUAUCAAAAGAUGGUGUAGAAAAGGAGACUAUAAACAUUUUGGAAAAUACAUUUAAUUAUUAGUCAGUUUGUAUUUUUUAUCGUUAAAAUAAACAUCAGUGAUUUGUUACAA